AUGAGCGCGGGCGACGCCGUGUGCACGGGCUGGCUCGUCAAGUCGCCCCCCGAGAGGAAGCUGCAGCGCUACGCCUGGCGCAGGCGCUGGUUCGUGCUGCGGCGGGGCCGCCUGAGCGGCGACCGCGACGUCCUGGAGUACUACCGAAGCCAGCGCGCCCGCAAGCCCAUCCGCACCAUCGACCUCAGCGAGUGCGCCGUCUGGAAGCACGCGGGCCCGGGCUUCGUUCGUAAGGAAUUCCAGAACCAUUUCGUGUUCAUUGUCAAGACUGCAUCUCGCACGUUCUAUCUGGUGGCCAAGACCGAGGAAGAAAUGCAGGUGUGGGUGCACAGCAUCAGUCAGGUCUGCAACCUCGGCCACCUGGAUGACAGCGCAGAUUGUGUGGAGAGUGGCUCUCGCGCGCCUUCCUGCGUGCAGCCCUCUGCCGCCAGCUCCCUUUGCACCGCCCCUGCUGUCAGCUCCCUGCCAAGAGAUGACCCAAGCACUAGUACUGUAGCCACUGAGGAAACCGGAAGUGAGUCAGAGUUUCUCUUCCUUCCUGAUUAUCUGAUUCUAUCCAACUGCGAGACGGGAAGACUGCACCACGCCAGUCUCCCCACCAGAUGUGACAGCUGGUCAAACUCGGAGCGCUCGCUGGAACAGGGGUCCUUCGACGACGUUUUUGUGGACGGCCCGCAGCCACUGCCCUCCGGGAACCUGGCCUGCCCCUCACGCCCUGGGAACAGUUCUCAAGAGGCCCCUUCCACGAGGCCCCCGGCUGCCCUGAUCUGCACGAGACAUGUCAAUGGCCCGUCCAGGGACCACUUUUCUUUACCGGUGCUGGAAACUUCCUUAAACUCCACCGUCCAGGUAGAUCAAAACCAAGCUUCCUUGCCCUACGGGGUAAAAGAACUAGAUGUUAUGUCCAACACGCCACCUCCCCGCCCCCCCAAGCCAAGCCAUCUCUCUGAACGGCGCCAUGAGGAGCAGCUCCUGUGCGGUGGGCCCAGUAGCAUCAAGAAGCCGGAAGGCACUGUGGUACCGAGAAGAAUCUCUCUCUCUGGUUUAGAUAACAUGAGAACCUGGAAAGGUGAUGUAGAAGGCCAAUCUUUAAGACACCGAGAUAAGCGGCUAAGUUUAAAUUUGCCGUGCAGGUUCUUCCCGAUGUCCCCUCCAGCUUCCGCCAGCACUGAGGACAGCUACGUGCCCAUGAGCCCCCAGGCCGCCGCCUCUGCUCUCGGACCCCACUGCAGCCCUGACGACUACAUCCCAAUGAGCUCAGGAAGCAUCUCCAGCCCAUUGCCCAAGCUCCCGGCGGACCUGGAGCCUCCCCCCGUGAACAGAGAUCUCAAGCCUCAGAGGAAACCACGGUCACCUCCCCUGGACCUGAAAAGCCUCUCCACCAUCCGGGAACACACGUCUCUCACCAGGACCCGCACUGUGCCUUGCAAUCGAACCAGCUUUCUCUCUCCAGAAAGAAAUGGUAUUAAUCCUGCAAGAUUUUUUGCCAAUUCUGUUUCCAGAGAAGAGGAACAAAGCUACAUGCAAAUGGAGGAGCACGGAGAAGCCAACUUGCUGAGCAGUGGAGCUCUGACGUGGACGAGGAAAUUCAGCCUGGACUAUUUAGCCCUGGACUUCAACUCGGCGUCACCGGCCCCUGUGCAGCAGAAACUUCUCUUCUCAGAGGAGCAAAGAGUAGACUAUGUCCAAGUGGACGAGCAGAAGACGCAAGCUCUCCAGAGCACCAAGCAGGAGUGGACGGACGAGAGGCAAGCCUCAGGCCGGUGGACCGGGAUGUAGAAAACUCCACUCGGGCAGGGUAGGAACGAUCAAAGCAAAAGUGGCGUUAGAAAUCUUCUCCGGUGGAGCCAACAGGAUGACAUCUUUUGACUCCAACGCCUGAAGUUUCGAUCUCUCUCCUGUGCUUCCACUGGAAUCAUAAAUGAUCCUAGGAGAGACGCGCCUGGGCACCAUCUUGUCCCCACCCCUGAAGGCACACUGCAAGACACCAAGCCUAGUGAUGGUGGCAGAAGGACAAUGCGAGUGACAGGAGCCUUGAGUCCCGAGGUCCGUGAGGAGCACAUCAGAUGAGGCUGGUGGCUCUAAGGACAGCGUGCUUAAGCAGCCACCUGUGGCUGGGUGUCCCAUUGCUGUUGGCUUUCUCCCGGCAUGCUUUCACACGCAUCGUCUCAUCUCUUCCCCUCAAAGACCUCGGAAGCUAGGCUUGGCGGAGAUCACUGCUCCCACUUUGAGGAAAACAAUACCAAGAACCAGAGAGGGGAACGCUUGACCCAAGACGACUCGUGGAGUGAGACAGCAAGCCAGGCUCCUUCCGCCGUCUAAUGCUGCCUCCAGAGACACGUGGGAAACACGUGCGGACACGGGGUGGCUCAUCCUCUCCUCUCCCUUUCACAGGAUCUCGAGCAGGUGCUUUUUCACUUGAAAGGUAUGCCUGUCGAGCCAGGGUUUCUUUGUAUGGUGCUCAAGCGGGGCACUCGAACACAAUCAGCGGUUACCAUUAGAGACACCUCCCAACAGUCAGUGUGAAAUGCGUUCUUGGUUCACACGGUCCCCUUGCCACCUCGGGGAAAGCUGUCCCUGGCCAUCCUGUGCUGGACUCAAGCUUCUGAGUGAUAUAGUUCUGAUCCAAAACAAAAUCAAAGAACAAACCAAACACCGGUGACUUCAAGUCUCAGGUUUCCUGGCUACUUUUCCCUUCUGCUUUCGUGGCGACUAGCCCCUGAGACCGCACACAUUCCCAGCACGCCAUGAGGGCAUCUUGUCACCCCUUCCUCUGUGGGGCACUGGGGUUCAGGGGACGCAGACAACAGGCUCGACUGGGCUCAGAGUUUUACAUAACGCCCUUUGCCGAUCCUUCUGAGUGCCUGCGGCCAGAGGACAAACCUCAACAACCGGGUAGUAAGCAGGUUCCGGCCCACUGUUCUGCCACGGUGUCUUAUAUACGAGGAUGGACCAAGUAGGCGGGCAGGUCUGCGGCAGCCAGGGUGAGGCAGGGCAACUGUAGGCUUUGCUGCAGGGUUUCGGGGUUUCGAACUGCUCCGAAGGUAAGUACCAAAAUCUUGGUUUUUCAGACCAUAAAAGAAGUAAUUUUGAUGUUCAAAGCAGCACGGUCUGGUGACAUCAUUUUCUUCCCAGAGCAAGAUGGGGGCCAAUUGCCAAGGGCUUUAACUAAGUCCUUAGUGAGUCUGGACUGAGCCACGGGAGGGCUCCCUGAGCCCACGGCCUGCUCCAUGGCCAGAGCCUGUAAGGGGCUGCCUUCUGCCUUCUGUGACUUGCAGGGAGUCACAGAGCCUCAGGCAAGAAUCCAGGGCUACAGGCUGCCAGUUCCCAUAGAUGGUGGCUUCCUUAUGUGUGGGCCACCUGUGUUUAGCUCACUGAUUGCCUGACAAAGGCCAGUGCCGAAAAAUUGUACAUCCAAGUGUCAAGAAGCUCACCAGAUUGAAGAUAGAUUGGAAUAGUAAAUGCAGCUGAAACUUUGUCGGCAGUGAAAUGUCAUCCAGUUGACCAAAACACAAAAAUCUGUUUCUACAAGACAUUUCCAGGGACAUUCUUACUGCACGAAACAACAGACAUUUGUGCACUGUGACUUGUCUGGAAGUGAUUAGGGAUGUAAAGAAAUAUGACUUCGCCCUCACGUCCAGGGUGUGGGGGUGAUGUCUUGCUUUGAUAAAACUGCUAAUGGAUGGCUACACAAAGGCAUAAUGAUUCAGGGACACAAAAUGCAGGUAGUUUUUGAGCUGACGGCAGCAUAUGCUCCUGAGAAGGGUACCGCAAAUCACAGUGAUGCCGGCCAACUCUUGUUUUCCAGCAGAGAUAGUCCACGUGUAAUAGAGGGCUAUGAUUCUGAUGGGGUCUGAGGGAUUUUUGUGUUUUUUUUUAACAGAAAUGAUCCCAGAUACCACUCCAAGUCAAGUACACAUGGCAUGUCUGCACACUGUGCAGAGUACACCUUUCUAGAAGAUUUGGGAAUCAACAUAACGGGACAGUGCAGCAAUUGAUCUCGCAUUAUUUUCUGUAUCUCCUUUUUGCUUCGUUUCCUUCCGUCUCCUUUCAUGAGGAAAUACUUCCAGAUCAGGCAUUUUGUCAUGCAGAAAGGGGGACCGAAGGGUCUCAAGCCUAAGUCCACAGGCCCAGGAACGUUGGGAGUUAAGUCUUCCUUGGGGAGGGAGGAGCCCUGAGGCCCAGCACACAGCCUGGCUACAAGGGCACGGUGUGACCCUGGGGACUCAAUGUCCAGGCCACUUCACCACGCAGCACGCAGCAGCUGAAUCGUGGCCAUUGGGCCCGGGUCGAGACUGAUGGCUCCCCUUAGGCCUGGCUUCCCCUCUCAAGGCCUCCUCCUAGGUCCCCGUUCAAACCACCUUUGUAUCCACAACCGUGCAGAUUUUUAACAAUUCACUAUGUUUUUACUGUUUCAUGUCUGGCAUUAA